AAUUCUCUCUGGGUUUGCUAUCUUUUCGUGCGGCUAAGCAUUUGAGAUCUGAAUUCAAUUGUGCGUGCAAUCUUUCUCUCUCUGUCCAAGCAUAAUGGCUGAUAUUGUCACCACCGUCAUCAUCAGCCCUGUUAUACAAGAGGCACUUUCCAGGGCGACAUCUUUUGUUGCUAGAUGGCUUCACACUGCAUCGGGUUUUGAGGAGGAGCUGACGAGACUUGAAGAUUUGCUCAAGUUCAUCCAAUCUGUGAUCGAUGAUGCUGAGGAAAAACAACAAAGUGACAGAACUAUAAGGCUUUGGUUACAAGAUCUCAAAGCUGUAGCUUAUGAUGCAGUGGAUGUACUCGAUGAGUGUGAUUAUCAGCGUCUUCGUCACCAUGUUCAGACCGGAGGCCUGAAAGGGAAAAUGUUCCCCUGUUUCACCCUUGGUUCUCAUAUAGGUGACAAAAUUAAGAAGAUUAAUGAGCAGUUUGGCAGGUUAGAAAAGCUUGCGGCUCCACUUAGUUUGGCGUUAAAAUGCCAAUGUCAUCCAAAUGGCAGGCGAUAUCCCAAUACAGACUCCUUUCUUGACUCCAGAGUUUAUGGAAGAGAAGAUGAUGUGUCGGGAAUUCUUAACUUGAUGGUUACCCUGAAGAAUGACCAUUCAAUCUCUGGUGUUUCCAUAGUUGGUAUGGCGGGCCUUGGAAAGACAACAGUAGCAAGAUCAAUAUACAAAAAGGCAAAGGAAGAAAAGCUCUAUGAUCUAGUAGCCUGGGUGUGUGUCUCUGAAGACUUUAAUGACCAAAGAAUUUUGUCAGAGAUGUUGGAACAUUUUAAGGAUGGUGCUGUUCCAAAGAACAACGUCAAUGCCUUGCUGGAAGGUCUUGCCAACGAAAUGGAAGAGAAAACUUUUCUUUUGAUCCUUGAUGACGUGUGGAAUGAAAAUCCUUCCAAGUGGGAUGCUUUCAGCUCUCGUCUCUUGAAAAUUUUGAAGACAACUGGGAAUUCCAUUGUGGUGACAACUCGUAGUAGACAAGCAGCAGCUGUGAUGGAGACACUUCCUAUGCAAAAUUAUGAAAUGCAGAGAUUGUCAGAUGAUGAGUGCUGGUCAAUAAUUGAGGAGACAAUUCUCAGAUCAUCCAAACAAACUUCAGUUUCUUCAGAGUUGAAAGUUAUUGGACAGGAUAUUGCCAAACAAUGUGGAGGCUUACCAUUGGUUGCAACUGUCAUUGGAGGGACAUUAAGCCGUCAAAUUCAAACAGAUAAGUGGUUGGCUAUCAAAAACAAUAAUGCAUGGGAUUUGGAUUCACAGGGCAGAAAUAAAAUUUUAUCAAUAUUAAAAAUAGGUUUUGAUCGUUUGCCAUCACAUUUGAAAAUUUGCUUUUCUUAUUGUUCAAUAUUUCCAAAAGAUUUUGUCAUUGAGAAAGAUGAUUUAGUUCAACUUUGGAUGGCUCAAGGGUUCCUUCACCAACCUAAUGAAAGCAGACCAUCUAGUGAAUGCCCCAUGACAAUGGAAGAAAUUGGCAAUGAGUACUUCAAUGAUUUGUUAUCUAAUUCAUUAUUUCAAGAUGUGAGAAGGGAUGAAUAUGGAGAUAUCAUAUCUUGCAAGAUGCAUGAUGCCGUGCAUGAUCUGGCAUUAUUUGUUUCAAAAGGUGAAACUUUGAUUUUGGAGACCGGCUCCAAUAUUGACAAGAAUGCUGACAUUCGCCAUUUGAGAGUUAGGUACGAUGGGAAAGAGCUUCCGGUCAUUCCAGAUGUUCUUCUUCAAAGGUUGCAUUCUUUGUUCAUAGAGCAGGUUGAUGAUUUUAAUGUCAUGGCAUCUGAUCUUAAAAGGCUACGAUCUUUAAAAUUAGUGGGAGCUAAAAUGGAAGAGUUGCAUUCUGCCCUCGGCAAAAUGAAGCAUUUGAGAUAUCUUGACAUCUCAAAAAGUAGAAUUAAAGCCCUACCAAAAUCUUUUUCUAGGCUCUACAAUUUGCAAACCUUUAGACUAAUGUGGUGUUCUUCUAAUCUGCAGAUGCCUAAUGAUAUGAGCAAUCUAGUCAGCUUGAGGCACAUUUAUUUCAGUAAUGAAAAGCAUGUCCCAAGGGGGAUUGGGCAGAUAACUUCCCUUCAAACAUUGCCUAUAUUUUUUGUAGGCAAAGAAAAGGGACGUGGCAUUGAAGAACUAGGAGGCUUAACCCAACUUAGUGGAGGAUUGGAGAUUCGGAACCUAAAACAAGUAAGAUCCAAAUCAGAAGCCUCUGAAGCAAACCUAAAGGAAAAGACAAAUUUGUAUGGGUUGAAAUUGGAAUUGGGUGAUGAAUAUUGGGGAGGAGACUACAGCAACCACGAGGAGGUUCUAGAAGGUAUUCAGCCUCAUUCAAAUUUGAAAAGUUUAUACAUUGGAGUUACCAUGGGAGAAAACUUUCCAUCAUGGAUAAUGACCAAUGUCAAUGGCUCUGGUGCUUCAUUUUUGCUCAACAACCUGGUGGAGUUGAAAUUAAGAGCUUGGUACAAUUGCAGCUAUAUUCCAAGUCUGGGACUUUUGCCUAGUCUCAAAAAUCUUCAAAUUUCUGAAUUUAAAAAGGUAAGAAGCUUGGGUCAUAAGUUUUAUACAACCAGAAGUAGCACUCAAGGAAGGGUAGAAUCAAUCAAACUAUUUCCAGUUUUGAGAAAACUCACCUUAAAGGACAUGGAGAGCCUAGAGGAAUGGGUUGAAGUUGAUAACAAUGCUGUGACAGGAAGCAAAGUUGCGAUCGUGUUUCCUUGCCUUGAGGAGUUGCACGUUAGCAGUUGUCCUGAAUUGAAGACUUGGUCGAUGGGUGGAUUUUCAUCUCAUCAUAGGCUUUCUAAGCUGGAAAUAGAUCAAUGUCCAGAACUGAUAGUCAUCCCAAGUAUAAAUGGGCUGUCCUCUCUUAAAAGUUUAUCAUUAGAGAGGUGUGAAGCAUUAACAUGUCUACCAAGUGGGGUGGGAUCUUGCUUCUCUCUUGAGAAUUUGAGCAUUUUAUUUUGCAAUAAACUGACUUCAAUUACAAGUAUUGAUGAGCUCUUAUCCCUUAAAACUUUGAAGAUAGUGGCUUGUGCUGGAUUAACAUGUCUACCAUCUAGGUUGGGGUCUUGCAUCUCUCUUGAGAGUUUGGAUAUUUCAUUUUGUCAAAAUUUGACUUCAAUCCCAAGUAUAGAUGGGCUUUCAUCUCUUACAAGGUUGCACUUGCUCAACUGUUACAAAAUAACAGGUCUCCCUAGUGGCCUGGGCUCCUGCAUUUCUCUGAAGUGGUUGGACAUUCAACAUUACCCUGCUCUAAUUUCUAUUGCAGAAGAUGUUGGAAGAUUGGAGGCUCUCACUUGUUUAACUAUUUCUUAUUGCUCUGGACUGAGGAGCAUUCCAGAUGAGUGCCUCGGCUGCCUCACUAGCUUGAAGGAGUUAGAUAUGGGUCCUUUUUCCUCGGAGUUAGAGGAAUUCCCAGGAUGUAGUUCCAUUCAUCACCUUCAGGCCUCUCUUGAAAUUUUGUCAUUGAGCGGUUGGGAUAAAAUAAAGUAUCUGCCACAUCAACUUCAACAUCUUACUAGCAUGAAGAAAUUGAUUCUAAGGGAAUUCAACGGACUGGAAGCUUUGCCAGAAUGGUUGGGAAACCUCUCUUCUCUUCAACGUUUGGAAAUUUGGUCAUGCUCUAAUUUGGCGCACCUGCCUUCUGUUCAAGCCAUGCGAAGCCUCUCCAACUUACAAUCUCUCUGGAUUUCGGGUUGUCCCAGAUUAGAGGAAAGAUGCGAAAAUGAGAGCAGCCCCGAGUGGUCCAAGAUUUCCCACAUUCCCAAGACGGAAUUAUCUAGCAUGCCUUUCUUUGGGAACCCAACCAGAUGAUUGUCCUCUCCUUGAGUUGUUGGUGGACUGCCAACAAACAGAUUCAGCUAUAGUUUUCAAGCUUUACAUUUCAGAAAGUACUUGAAGUUGUUCCAAACAAUUGUAGUAGAAAUUCAUUUGAUAUCUUGAAUUCAAACUGGGCAAGAAAGUAGGAAACCUGUAUUGAAGUGGGUUUUGUUGGUUUGUGCUGGAAAUAUCUUCAAGAUUCAAUGCCAAAUGUUUGGUCUCUCUUGUCUCUGAGCCUAAAACAAAAGUUUAUCUAGUUAUUAAGCCUUGCUUCUCCAUAUGUGGCUGUCAUUGUAAUGGCUAUUGGCCUUGACCUCUUGUCAUGAGCAUUGAAGCUCUCUUCGCUCCAAGAGUUGACAAUUUGGUCUUUCUAUACUUUGAUGCAUCUACCUUCUCCACAAGCCAUGCAACUCCUCUCCAAAUAUUUACAAUUGUCUCAAAUUAACGAAGAGUUGUAACAAAGAGAGUCCCUCAUUCCCAGCUUUAGAAUGGAUUUGUGGACUCCAAUGUGCCUUGCCUGAGUCAGCAAAGGACCUUAUUUUUCUAUGAACUUUCACAAUAUUUUUCCCAACAAAUUAAGACAUGAUGGAAUCAAGGGACUUGCGGAAAUUAAUUAAGAAAAUUUGAAUGCUGGGAACUUUUUCUGCUUUAAAUUCAGUCUUGAAGAACUGGCAAGUGAUUAAGUUCCUCCUUGAACUAUUGGUUCUCACAAAUAUUGGCAUGGUUUCUCACAAAAGUUGGCAUGGUUUUUGGGUUUGUAGCUGUUGGAUGUUGACAAGAACUGACAUGCAAGGAACUUCUCCAUGUUUUGAAUUCAAAAUCUUGAAGAACUGAGGCUGAUUUUCUCAUUGGAGACCUAAACUGACAAAUGGUCUUCUCUUUAAGUAGUUGAUGCUCAUGAACAGAUUUAGCAAUUCUUCAGUGAGGUAGUUCUCAAUUGAUGGCAGGAAGUGAGGUGCAAGUUUACUGCAAAACACAAGGGGAAACAAGAGUUUGUUGGAACUCUCCUACUAAAAACGUGGCUUCAUCAGACAUCAGGAUCCCGGUGCUUUGACUCCAGUUUAGUAGGACUAUGCUAACAAAUUUAUUUGACUUGGUCUUCAGCACUCUGCUCCUCACUGUUUAUGAUCAACUAGACACCUCUCAACUUCUGGAAUUGCUGCAUUUUUACAACAUGCUUUCCCAUUGACUGCCAUCGUUAACACUUAUUACCAGUCAGGACCUCUUCCUCUUGUCAUGAGCAUUGCAGCUUCACUGGUAAAUGGUAGCAAUCCCUUCGGUUUUUACAUGGAGCUUAAAGAGGCUGGUGCCAAAGAUUACGUGUACAUGCACUUUGCAGGGGUUAAAGAGC